AUGCCGAUUCUGACAGCCGUUCAGUUGAUCGUUGAGCAUCCAGGCUCAGCUGAAACGGGCGCAACAACAGGAAGGAUGCCUGAGGAGGCCACGACGGCGGUCAACAAUGAUCCGAAUUUGAUCCAGAAAAUUAUUGCGAGAUAUGAGCACGAAGAGGAUGAAUUCCUGCGUGAAUUGGACGAUAUGCAAGCUCAAGCUUCUCAACGAUCGUCUCUGUGUGAUGAAGCUCCAGUGCUGGGUGAGUUGUUGAUCAAUUAA